GACAGAAAAUUCAAUACAUUUUAAGCUGCAUAAGGACAUCAACUAUUCUGAAAAGCAAAAUAAGAAAAGAUCUAGAAAAACAAUCAUUCUUAUUUGAUGAUUACACAUAUGGAACCUUUUUAAAUGAUUAA